CACUGGCGUCUAGCCCCGGGUAUGCAACUAAUGAUCCUUCUUUUUUGACAUGCGCUUGGUGAAGUUAGUCAUAAGUUAGUUAGGUUAGAAUACUGUUCGGCAAGUUGUGUGUUGUUUUAAAGUGUCGUUUUUUCGUUAGUAUUGUAAAACUUUAUUAAUUUUGGGUGAAAUUAUACAACUACAUUAAAUAAGACUAAAAGUUAAAUGUAGUGGAUAAUAUAAAAUAAGAAAUACCGGAAAUACCUUUCAAGUUGGUGAAAUUUUAACUUUUAUGUUUAUUUUUACUUUUAUUUGUAUGUAUAAAUCCACCUUUUGUUAAUUUAUUUGCGAUUAUAUGGAAGUGCAUUUAAGACAAUAAAAAAAAAUGGAGGGGCAACAUACGUGUGUGCAGUGCAGCAAAAAAUACAGUAACAUUAGCAAUCUAAGAAAGCACGUCAUCAAGUUUCAUCCUAAUAAUGAUGAUUAUCUAGCUUCCCUGCAAAUACGACAAAAUAAACAUUAUAAUUUUGCUUGUGACCAGUGUAAAAAACAUUUUACGCAUUUAAGAAAUUUAAAAUUCCACAUCAGAACACAUAGAAGCUCAAAUAACACUUCAGCUCCAUAUAUUACACCUCCCAAUACCUCGACCACUACCAAUGCAAAUCAGUGUGCUUUGUGCAGUGACUUUUGUGCUGAUAGGAAGACCGUUAUAGAACAUUAUAGAGACUUUCAUAACAUUCCUAUUGAACAUAAAAAAUUGACGUUUCAAAGUGAGGAAGAAUUUAUUACUUGGAAGCUUACCUUUGAAAAUGACACAAACUGUAAAUAUGUGGUUAACUAUCAGAAAUGUUUUAAAUCACAUGUAGCUACAAGUUUUAUUUGCCAUCGUUCAGGAAGAUAUGUUCCAGAAGGCAAAAAUAUUCGGCACUUAAAGAUACUAGGAAGUAAGAAAAUAAAUGCACUCUGCCCAGCAAGCAUAAAAAUAAAAAAGCUUAAUAAUGGCACUUGUGAAGUGACCAUUAUGGACAAACAUGUGGGACAUCAGAAUGACAUCGGCCACUUGAAUUUGUCUAAAACAGAAAGAGAGAAUUUAGCAGUAAAAAUUUCUUCUAAAGUCCCAUUUGAAGAUAUUUUAGACGAAAUUAGAGAUUCAAUCACUGACUCAGAACUAAAACGUCUGCAUCUGCUCACAAAGAAAGAUCUAUAUAACAUAGAAGCCUGUUUCAAUUUGUGCUCCUCAUCAGUUAGACAUAAAAACGACAUCAUAAGUGUAGAGUCCUGGAUCAAUGAUAUGCAAGGUAAUGGAGAUGCAGUUCUGUUUUAUAAGCCCCAAGGUUCUGAAAGUGAAGAAUGGCCAAUGUUAAAAAAUGAGGAUUUUGUUUUGAUUAUCAUGACUGCUGCACAAUGUGAAAUGCUUAAAAUUUAUGGGACCGAUUGCAUCUGUAUAGAUGGAACUCAUGGGAUGAAUAACUAUGACUUCGAACUUAUAACUCUCCUUGUUGUUGAUGAUAUUCGUCAGGGAUUUCCUUGCAGUUUUCUUGUGUCAAAUAGGUCUGAUAAACAAGUUUUAAAAUAUUUUUUCACUUUGUAAAAUCUCGCCUUGGUAAUGCACUUUGCCCAAAUGUCUUCAUGUCAGAUAUGGCAGAAGCUUUCUUCAAUGCAUGGAUUGAAAUAAUGUCUCCACCAAAAUUCAGAUUAUACUGUUCAUGGCACGUUGACCAGGCGUGGCGUAAGAAUUUAUCAAAAAUCAACACCAAAGAAAAGCAAGCUUUUAUUUAUAAGAAUUUAAGAGCUGUCUUAGAAGAAAGGGAUGUCACAACUUUUAAUAUUUUAAUUAACAAGUUAUAUACUAUGUUACUUGAAGAUCCUGAUACAAUGGAAUUUGCCAACUAUUUUAAUAAGUAUUACAUGUGCUGUGUAGAAUGUUGGGCAUACUGCCACCGACUUGGUGCGGGUUUAAAUACAAACAUGCAUUUAGAACGUAUGCACAAAACACUAAAAUAUACUUAUUUAAAAGGAAAGAAAGUCAAGCGAUUGGACAAGGCAAUCAACGCAAUAAUGCGAUUUGUAAGAGACAAAUGCAUUGACAGGUUAAUAGUUCUUAACAAGGGGAAGAUGAGCAGUAAGCUGCAAAUAAUUCGGUCCAGGCACAAACAAAGUUUAAAAUUGAGGGAAGAUUUAGUAGUCGAGUGUGAAAAUAGAUGGAACAUUGCCUCAGAAACAACAGCAGAAUUAUAUGUUAUUCAGAAGGUUCAACGAGAUUGUAAAUGCCAACUACUGUGCAAUGAGUGUAAAACUUGCAUCCAUCAGUUUUGCUGUUCUUGUCUUGACUCGUCAGUUAAAUACAACAUGUGCAAACAUAUUCAUCUUUUGAUCAGAUAUAUUUCUCAAUGUGUAACUGACUCACUGGAGCAUCCUCAAGAACUUGUAGAUAAAGAUGUCGGCGAGAGUAAUCUAAUCAUAGUGGAAGAGACAAUGAAAGAGGAACUGCAUACAUUAGAAGCAAAAGCGCAUUUAACGGAACUGUCAACAAGUACAAAAUUAAAAACUACAUCCUUUGAAUCUAAAAAACGACGGGUAGCAAGUUUAUUGGAAGAACUGCAACAUAUUGUUUCUUUUACUACAUCAGAUGAAAAUGAAGAGCUUGAUGCUAUAGAAAAAGCACUAGUUCCAAUCAAGCACACGUUAAGAGCCCUGAAAAACAGCAAAUGCAUUCCAGGAGCUAAAAACAAAAAACCACAGGAACCACACAACAAAAAUAUCAGGAAGCAACGAUUUUUCUCAACACGAAAAAAGCCUAAGCCCAAAAAUAGAAAAGUGAGACUUGAGACAGCUUCAAAUGAAACAGCGCUACACUUAAUUCCUUUUUAAUAAAGCAGAGUCUGACUACGUCUGAAACUGGCGCCGUUUGGAAAUGCACUACAACUGCGACUAGUCUCUAAAUCAGAGCAGUAGUGAAAGGGCAAGAAGUUACCAAAAUUUAGAAGUAACGAAUCAAGUGUAGGCAUUUUAAACAUAAGACAUUUAUUUGUCGCAAGUUAAAACCAUUUUAAGAAGACUAAAGUUAAGAAGUACAGUAAAAGCUCUUUAUUCGCGGGAUAUACGUUCCGUAAAUAUGCCGCGAAUAAAGAAACCGUGAAUAUAGAAUGGUAAUUUAUAUAGGAUUGUAGGGGAUACGUUCCUAGGUUACAAAAUAACAAACAAGUACAUACAUAGGUACAUAUAUAAAAAAUAAAUUUAAUUGAAGUUUCUGACCAUAUUGAGUAAUUAUUACCUUCAGGCUUCGGCAAUGGCUUAAAGAAAUUUGUAAUUUCUUGCUUGGCAUUUUUUAAAAGCUCCUUCAAUUCAUACUGAUAUUCAGCAGUGGCAUUAGCAAUUUGCCUCUUAAAAAUAAGACUUCGUUCCAUAGAUGGAUCAAUUUUCAUAAAAAAAUCACAAAGUUCAUAUGCCAUUCUUAAACCUUCGCUAAGAUUUUUUGAAUUAAAUGUCACGUUUCCAGUGCUUGUUGAAGCCUCUUCUUCAAUAGGCUGCGAAUUUAACAUUUCCUCCAAGUCCGUUUCAGUCAAAUCUUCAUCUGGCGAUUUAAGCAACAUCUGAAUGUCAUUUGAUUCUAUCUGUUCGAACCCAUUUCGUCCCAUAUCAUUCGCAAUUUCGGCUACGUUUGCAUUCAAAGUUUGAAUUUGCACAGAUUCUUCGUCAUUUCCUGUAGUCAGAGCGGCCUGUGUCAAAGGAACCAAUACGGCGGCGAUAUUAUUUAACAAUAUACUCGGGGUAUAGUUGUAAUAAGGUCAAUUUUACUUUUUUAUUACACCAUUUCACGUUGCGUUUACAAAGGAUAUUCCGUUGAAUCCUUUUAUCAAUAUAUAUGCACCGACGUACUGAUUCGAUCCGCGAAUAAAGAAAUUUUUAGCCGCGAAUAUAGGAAUUGGGUCGCAUUUUUUUAAUCCGCGAAUAGUGAAAACGCGAAUGAAGGAAUCGCGAAUAAAGAGCUUUUACUGUAUUAACACAAUAUACUUUUUGUGCUUUCGGUUUUGAUGGCCUCUUCUUCUUGGGUCAACUGGCUAAAAUAUUAUAUGCUUGUUCGAUUUACGAUUUCCGACCCCUAAAGGGUGAUGCUGGGAUAAUUUAUUACAAAAAACAUUAAUAAUCAAUUAAUAAAAAUAAUCAAUAAACAUUAAAGACAAUCAGUAUGUAUGAACUCAAAGCACAGCGGUUGUACAUCUGUAAAAAGUGCUUAAAAAAAAAGAGGUAUACAGGAGACAUUUAAUUUUAUAUUAUUAACAAAGUUCUGUCAAUCACCUCCUCACGUACAUACAGCUAACCACCUUCCUUUGCUCCAGAACUCUUAAAUUGUACUCGUGUCAGUUCGGGCUUUUCAGAUCAUGAAGCUAUAUUAACCAGCUUCUCUUUGGAUUCAAUUAACAAUAGCACUUUGCGUAAAUUAGGACGUGUUUAUAACAAAAAUAAUUUUCUAAAUUUUAAGAAUCAUUGUCUAACGGAAAACUGGAACUUUCUUUCAAAUGAUGUCGAUAAUGAGUUCUCCAGAUUCUUAAAUUCGCUAUCAGAUAUUGCAAAUAUAUCUUUUCCUCUAAGGCCAAUUAAAACUAAAAAACAAAAGCCCUGGUCCUCCAAAGAUCUUCGUGUAUCGGCAAAAAACAUGCGCUCGCUUUCUUACCUAAAAAAGUUCUCAGAAUCUAUUGCUUUUCAUAAUUACGUCAAGCAGUAUAGGAAAACUUAUCUUAAAACAAUUAAGGCUGCAAAAAAAAUCUAUUACAGCGGGAGGCUGGCAAGAUCUGGCAAUGUAGCUAAAGAAACAUGGUCUAUUGUUAACGAACUAAGAAAUAAGUCUACCUCAACUAGCACUAUCUCUACAUCACCCGAGGACCUAAACAAUUACUUUGUAAACGUGGCAAAAAAUCUAAUGGCCACCAUAACAUCUUCUGAUGAUCCUCUGUCAUAUCUCUCUAAUGAAAAAUUGCACAAUUUCUUUUUUACGCCAGUAUCAUUUACAGAACUUCAAAGUACAAUUAACGAAAUAAAAAACAAAUCAUCAGCUGGUACAGAUGGGCUUACUCUUAAAAUGUUUUCAAAUAUGCCUGAUUGUACUCUAAUCCAUUUAGUAGACCUAAUCAACAUGUCAUUUCAAAAUGGGUCUUUCCAAACUGCCUUAAAACUGCAAUAAUCAUUCCAUUACAUAAAGGAGGAGAUAAAGAUCAAGCUUCAAACUAUCGUCCAAUUGCACUUCUUCCAACCCUCUCAAAGAUCAUAGAACGCCUGGCUAAAAAAAGGUUUUUGUCAUUUUUGUUUAAAUAUAAUAUCUUAACCGCUUAUCAGUUUGGAUUUCUGAGCAAAAAAUGCACCAAUGAUGCUAUGUUCUCCCUAUUUAACAGCGUUUAUUCAAAUAUCAACCAAAAUGACUUAACAGCAACAAUUUUCUGUGACUUUUCAAAGGCUUUCGAUUGCGUAAACCACAUUAUUUUAAUUAACCAAUUGCAGCACUAUGGAUUCAGAGGUAUAUCCCUUUAAUGGUUUAAGUCAUAUUUGUGCAACAGAAGUCAACCUGUAAAGGUCGAUACGUCAAGAUCUUCUUGUAAACCAAUUGAAUGUGGGGUACCUCAAGGUUCCGUUUUGGGUCCUAUGCUCUUUCUGCUGUUUAUAAAUGACCUGGCCAGCCUGAACAUAAGCGGAAAAAUCUGUCUUUUUGCUGAUGAUACUAGCUUCACUUGGAGCAAUCCGAAUGCAAUGGCACCACAUACAACAAUUUCCAACGACUUGGUCUUCAUUAAAUCGUGGUGCGAUUCCAAUCUUUUAUGCCUAAAUCUCUCAAAAACUAAAGUCUUAUCAUAUAAAACGACCAUUCCUCCAUUUAUUCUAAACAAUACCAGUUUGGAGGUUGUUGAGUCUGUCAAGUUCUUGGGUCUUGUUGUGGACGGCUCUUUGAAAUGGAAUUUGCACAUAGAUACGUUAUCUAAAAAACUAAGCUCGGCAUGUUUUGCCAUCAAUCUCAAGAGAAUUAGGCUUUUUCACGGCCAAAAGAGUUUAUUAUGCUCUUUUUGAGUCACAUCUUCGUUACGCCCUUCCAUUCUGGGGUACAUGCUGCAAGACCCAAUUUGAGCGUAUAUUUAAACUUCAAAAGAGAGCGCUUCGCUACUGCCUUAUCCGCAACCAUGUGUCGCAGAUUCCAGAAAGACUAUCCCACAGCUAUUCACUAAGGAACGUUGAUCAUAAUCUUCAUCUGCCAAUUCCACGGUCGGAAUUAGUAAAGAACUCUUUACUUUAUGCAGCAAUAAAAAUGCACAACAAAUCUGCCUUCCGUAAUAAAAUCGAUGACUACUUUUAGUUGUUUUCGCAAUGCCCUAAAAUCUUUACUACUGCAAAAAGCCCUAUAUACAGUAGAAGACUUUUUUAAUAUUUCCUUUUAAAGCACACACACUGGCGUUAUUAGUUACCUAUUAUUUGCAAAAUGUUUGCCUGCUUUUUAUUGUAUGUUUUUUUUUUGAGACUAAGGUUUUUGACAAUUUUAUACAUAUAAUUGUGUGUAUAUUUGUAUAUAAAAAUUAUUUUAUUUAUGUAUUUCGACCAAAUUAUACAAUUUGAUAAUUUGUACAGUAUUUUUGUUUUGUUAUGUAUUUACUUUGUGUGUAUUUUAUCUGAGUAUUUUUUUAUGUUUAUUUAUUUAUAUUUGUAUUUUUUUUCCUUUAGCUUUGUCGACAAAAUGUAAAUUUUCUGACAAUAAAGCAUUUUUGAUUGAUUUUUUUGAUUGACUAACCUCACCUCACUUUGAUAUGUCGGGGACAUAACGGGAACUCUCAUCAUGUGACACAU